GUUAUAUAUAUAUAUAUUAGUUAUAUUUAUAUAACUAAUAUAAUCUUUAGUAUUAUUAACAGUCAGAUUCAAUCUUUAGUAUAGCGCCACUUGAUGCUAACAGCUAGAGGAAGAAUUAACUGAAUGAUGGCCAUGUCUCUCGGUGACGACACGCUGCUGUGCAAUUACCCAAAGUGUCGUGCAAAGCUGAGCGGCUUCGCCUGGGUCACAUCCUGCUCCCACGUGUUCUGUGAUCAGCACGGGUCCGGUGAGUUCAGCCGCUCUCCUGCCAUCUGCCCGGCGUGCUCCACUGCCCUGUCCGGGAAGCUGGACAUUGUGAGGACAGAGCUGUCGCCCUGUGAGGAGUAUAAAGCCAUGGUCCUGGCAGGUCUGCGACCAGACAUAGUCCUGGACAUCAGUUCUCGUGCUCUUGCCUUCUGGAGCUACCAGGUCCAUCAGGAGCGUAUGUACCAAGAAUACAGUCUCUCCCGUGCUGACACACAGCUGAAGCAGAUGGAGAAAGUUCUGAACCAGCAGAACCAGAGCAGAGAAAUAGAACUCACUGCCAUGAGGGGGGAGAUCGCCUCGCUGAAGAAAGUGAUGGAGGAGUACAAGAGAAAGUACAGUGAGGUGUCAGAGAGGCUGAUGGAGAGGAACAGGCAGUACCAGAAGCUGCAGGGCUUGUACGACUCCCUGAGGCUGCGUAACAUGGUGGUGGGAGCCGGGGAGCGAGAGAUGCCGCUACUACAUGGAAAUCGAGACUUGAACAUCGCGAUGGCCCGGCAGGCGACCCCUCAGAGAAGCCCUCAGUUCCUCUCUGCUGCCCCCAUCGGCGAUUCUCGUUUCUUCUCCUGCCUGGAGGGCGACGGAGCCAAGACCUUCUUCCAGUUCAGCUCUCCGGCCAGAGACAAGAACCAGUCCUUCAUCAAUAAGCACUGAAAGCAAAUCUUUACUUUUAUGCUUGCUGUCAAAAAUUUACAGAUGUUUUUCCUGGUGUGUUCCGAUGACUUAUGAAUACUAUAAGUGUAUUUCUUGCAUUAAUUGACUAUAUUAUAUUCUUAUGUAAUAGUAGAAUUUUUGUUAUUGGUGACUUUCAUUUUCAUCUGUGUAGAUCAUCUAGUUCACAUUGACUAAGAUAAUUCAGUAGUUAUUAUUGAUAUUUUUUUUAUCUUUAUUUAACUGAUAGACUUAUUAUUGAAGGUAUAAAUUGUAAACAUGUUUACCAGUGCACCAUAAUAAACAACCAAAGCUGGUGGUUAUGUGAAAUCCAG